CCCUAUAGAAACCUCUCCAGGGAGCAGCCAUUAUAGCCUCCUGAACAAAGCCGCUCAAGCUGCGGAAUGGGCAGAACUGCUUGGUACCGAACAGCGCAACCCCAGGAGCCCCGCGCUUGGCUCACAGGAAGCGAAGGAGUUCGCCCAUAUGGAUAUGACAGCCAACCGGGUUAAGCUGUGAUGGGCGUUUCAAGACUUGAUAAUUGAGCUGGGGGUCGGAAGGAUAUAUGCGGCGAUGAGUGAGUCUGUUGGUUUGGUAAUGGCAGGGGAGGGGUCUGUGAUGGUCAGUGAUAGGAGGUUUGUGAAGUCACUGGUGGGGAAUGUACGUGGGAUUAGUGUUGGGUUUAUUAUUAUUGCACAGUGAGCUAUGCAAUUAGUAACUAGGGAGUGAUGAAAUGAUGGAGUGUCUGUGGAGUCAGGAAUGGCGUGUAAGUGGAUUGAUUGGUGGGGAUAACUGGAGUCGUUGAUUUUAGCACUAUGGACUAAAUGGUGGGGGCGUCCGUGAGAUCAGUGACGUGGUGGGAGUCCACAGUAGGACAUGUGGUUGCCAGGGCCGAGGAUUCUGAGAAUUGAAGGAGACAAUAAUGGGGUGAGGUCGUCAUGGUAGUCAGUUGCAAUUUACUGGGAAGGCUUUUACACGUAUUAAAUUUCCACAGGUAUAGGCCGUUGUUGAGUUCUUAAGGUCAAGUCUCUUCUCACAUCUUUUCUCAUUUCACUACCGCCCCUUUAGCCUGGUGCCCCUGUCAGAAAUGAUUUUUUACAACAAGAUCAAACAAAUCAAAAGGGAUAGUGCUACCGGAAUUUCUUCUUCAGUAGGUCCUUGGUCUUGGGAAUUCGAACUAUGAAUCCACGGACCACAGAUCAGUGGUAAGAUAGGAUUUAUUUUACAGAAAAGAAUACAGAAAGAGCGCUUAGAGCUCCUGACAGAGGGAAACUCAGAGAAAUCUCCUGACGGCCUGGGUUCUUUGUCUAGAGGUAUAUAUAGUGGCAUGGGUCCUUUGUAGUUGCAUUUGGCCAGGACUUGGUAACAAAUGAAUGGAUACAGUUCCUUCAGCUGGGAAAAGGUGAAUAACGCGUUAAUGAAGAGAUACUGUCCAUUCCUGAAAUUGUCCAGGCCUAGGAAGUGAGAAGUCCUGUUCAUCCCUGAAUGGGGAAAGCCCGUAUCACCCUUAGGCCUAUGAAAUGUUCCCAGGGGAGUAGUGCAGCCACAGGAGGGCUUUCUAGGUUCAAGGAUGAUUGUGGGGGGGGAGGGCACCAGCAACAGCGCGGGCUGUGCUGUGGUCUCCCUCAACUAACUGGCGUCCUCAGGCUUCUGCAGUGCUCGCCCUCUCUACCGCACUUGGUUCUCCAGCUCUCCCUGUCCUGGUCCGCUGCACCAACACCGCCCGGGCGCAGAUACGGAAGGCGCAUCAGGUCCUUCCCGGUGGCUGGCACCCACCAAGCCUGGGUGCACCCGCCCUGUAUCAAUAGGAUUCUUUUGAAAAAUGUGUUUUGAUAAAGCCUGGGGUGCUCCCUGUCAUGGAAGCCGUCAUUUCCUCUGAACCAGUUCAGCACUGUCCACAAGACUCGUCCUGGGACUGAGAAAAAUUUACUGGGCAUCUGCCCUUUUGGAAGAGAGCAGAAUAUGAUGAAGUCCCAGGGGUUAAUAUCAUUCAAGGAUGUGGCUGUGGAUUUCACUCAGGAGGAGUGGCAUCAACUGGACCCUGCUCAGAAGACCCUGUAUAAGGAUGUGAUGCUGGAGAACUAUAGCCAUCUAGUUUCAAUGGGGUAUCCAGUUUCCAAACCAGAUGUCAUCUCCAAAUUGGAACAAGGAGAAGAUCCAUGGAUCAUAAAGGGAGACAUACCAGAUAGGAAGAGUAAUCUUCACAACUCCCAGUCAUAUAUUUUGGAGGCUAUUUCCUUCCAUAAUAAGAUACUGAAAGGAGUCACAAAAGAAGGCUCAUUUUACUCAAUUUUAAAAGUUUGUGAUGGUCAGCUGCAGAAAUAUAAGGAAAACCAAGACGAACUUUUCAGUCAAGUCACAUUUGUCAGCAGCAAGAGAGUAACUGAGGUAUCAAGCCACAAAUAUAAUGCACUGGGAAGAAAAGAUCCAGAUACAUUAAGUCAAAGACUCCACAAAUAUGAUGCUUUUAAAAAGAACUUAAAACUGAAUAUUGACCUACCUAGUUGUAAUAAGAUCAGUUCAGGUAAAAACCUUGAUCAGAGUUUUGGAUGUGGAAAACUGUCUAGCCACAGUGAAUCCAAUUCAAAUCUUGAGAAAAUUCACAAUGGAUUAAUACCCUGUGAUGAUAAUCAGUGCGGAAACAUUUUUAGCAAUAAAUCCCCUAUUCAAUAUCGGAAUGUUGAAACUAGGGAGAAAACGUGUGUGUGUAUUACAUGUGGCAAAGCCUUUGCUAAGAAGUCACAACUCAUUGUACAUCAAAGAAUUCAUACUGGAAGGAAACCAUAUGACUGUGGUGCAUGUGGAAAAGCCUUCAGUGAGAAGUUUCAUCUUGUUGUACAUCAAAGAACUCAUACUGGGGAGAAACCUUAUGAUUGUUCUGAAUGUGGAAAAGCCUUCUCUCAGAAAUCAUCUCUCAUUAUACAUCAGAGGGUUCACACGGGGGAAAAACCAUAUGAAUGUAGUGAAUGUGGGAAAGCCUUCUCCCAGAAAUCACCCCUCAUUAUACAUCAGAGAAUACAUACCGGGGAAAAGCCCUAUGAAUGUAGAGAGUGUGGGAAGGCCUUCUCCCAGAAGUCACAGCUUAUUAUACAUCACAGAGCUCAUACUGGAGAGAAGCCAUAUGAGUGUACUGAAUGUGGGAAAGCCUUCUGUGAGAAGUCCCACCUCAUUAUCCAUAAAAGAAUUCACACUGGUGAGAAACCCUACAAAUGUGCUCAGUGUGAGGAAGCCUUUAGCAGGAAGACAGAACUCAUUACACAUCAGUUAAUUCAUACUGGGGAAAAGCCCUAUGAAUGUACUGAAUGUGGAAAGACAUUCUCCCGGAAGUCACAGCUCAUCAUACAUAAGAGAACACACACUGGAGAGAAACCCUUUAAAUGCAGUGAAUGUGGAAAAGCCUUCUGUCAGAAAUCACAUCUCAUUGGACAUCAGAGAAUUCACACAGGAGAAAAACCUUACAUUUGUACUGAAUGUGGGAAAGCCUUCUCUCAGAAGUCCCACCUCCCAGGACAUCAGCGAAUUCAUACUGGAGAGAAACCUUACAUAUGCCUUGAAUGUGGAAAGGCUUUUUCCCAGAAGUCAGAUCUUGUUUUACAUCAGAGAAUUCACACCGGGGAAAGACCUUAUCAGUGUGCUGUAUGUGGGAAAGCCUUCAUCCAGAAGUCCCAACUCACUGUACACCAGAGAAUUCAUACAGUAGUGAAAUCAUAAUGAACUAACCACAAAAUCCUUCAGUAUUAGCUCAAGCCUUAAUAAUUACUAGAAACCUAAUUUGAUAAACUUGGGGACAACAUUUCUAUAGAUCAAAUUUAACAAGGGACUUUAUGGUUCUGGUGUGUUCCCUAAUGUUUUCAGAAAAGAUGAUGGAAAACAAUUAUAUAAGUGAAGGACAUUUUAACAUGGCAUGAAAAGCUUUUAAAGUUAUGAAUCAAAUGAUCAAUAGAAAAAGUUAUGUAUACAAGUUAUGUAUACAAAAUACCUUAUACUACAUAAUGAUAAUCAGAUAUUGUGAAAUUUACUAAUAUUAGCUUGGCCUAAUUAUGGCGAUACAGUAAUUUUCUAUAAAAGAUGUGCAAGAAAACUUCAGUAAGAACUAAAACAAAACAUUAGUUCCUGGAAAUUAUAUUUUAAGAAGAGGCUUGAAGCUUGGUUCCCACAGCUCAGUGUUUAGGGAGCUGGCCACAUGCCCUGGGGCUGGUGGGUUUGAGCCCAGCCAGGGCCUGCUAAACAAUAACGACAACAAUAACAACAACAACAACAAAAGCCUUGAGCAUGAUUCCUAAAGUGACAUGUAAAAUUCUUGUACAGAGAUGGAAAGAUUGGUUGAUCAGAUUCAAUAAAUUUUAUAUGUAUUUUCCAGUCUCAAGCAUAUCAGUUGAUGUCCCAGAUCUUGACAUUCAUGCAUUUUGAUCAGGUCUGCCUUUUAUUUUCAUCGUUGUGGUAGAAAGACUGUGGGACUAAAGACAGUCUUGAGUUUUAGUCCUGGCCAACAACUCACAGAUUGGUGACUUCCAGAAAGCCCACUUUACUCAUCUGAAUAUUUUUGGUCAGUAAAUAAAAGUAUAAUGUAGAGCAAAUGUUCUGUGUUAAGAUAGUAUUAAUUCUUCUUUAUCUUUCUUCUCUUGAAAAUGGACACUUAAAUGGCUAAUGUGUAAAAGCCAUAUAUGAACAUGUUUUGCCCUCUGGACACUCUGCUUUUGAUUGCCCACCCCUAUGAUUGGCCCAUUUUACUGUUUUUGACCCUGGUGGCCUUAUUUUUGCUAUGUUAAAGUGACUUUUUAAAAUACUUUAAAUUUGUUUAUGUGUACAUAUACUUAUAUAAA